ACAUGUGCAUAGAAAAACGCAUGUUCAGUACGAAGGUUUGGGCAUGGGAGAUCCGAUCAAAACACAAGCGAAGAUAACGGACAGUAACACAGCGACGUCGUACACUGGACCGGAGAAAACAUUUACAAUCAACAUGGCACCCAGCAAGAGUAAGCACGCUGGAGGAGGAAAGAAUAAUGUAUAUCUGACCGAGAAACAUCUGCUAGGAUUUGACAAAUACAAGUAUAGUGCGGUUGAUACCUCACCAGUAUCUAUCUACAUUAUGCAUCCGUUUUGGAACGCUGUUGUUAAGAUGUUUCCCGAGUGGGUAGCACCGAACCUGUUGACCUUUGUGGGUUUUCUCAUCUUAGUCCUGAGCUUCAUCAUAUUGUCCAUUGUCGACUGGUCAUACAAAGCGUCCAGUCGCCUCCAUCCUCAGUAUGAAACCAUCCCCAAUGUUUUGUUCCUACUGCUAGGUAUCGGACAAUUCGUGGCACACACCCUAGAUGGCAUAGACGGCAAGCAGGCAAGACGUACUAAUUCUAGCACCCCACUAGGCGAGCUCUUCGACCAUGGGAGUGACAGCAUUAUCGCAUGCCUCCUCCCUAUGGGUGUCUACUCAAUAUUCGGACGAAGCGGAGAUGAUUUCGGUGCCAACGUGUGGGUGUUGUAUUUGAUAGUUUGUGUCGUCAUGGCCACUUUUUAUAUAUCACAUUGGGAGAAGUAUCUGACCGGAGUCAUGUUUCUACCGUGGGUCUACGAUGUCAGCCAGUUGACGUUGGCCCUCCUGUAUGUAGUUACAUCUAUCUUGGGUUAUGAGAUCUGGAAAGGAAGUCAUAUCUUUGGUUUUGAGUUCAGGUAUCUCUUCACAUUAACUGUAAUAGGUGGCUCUAUACUUAGCUCUAUACCAACCACAGUCUGGAAUGUCUACUUAUCCUACAGAGAUGGAACUGGGAAGAAUCGAUCUUUGUACGCAGCCCUCGAGCCAGCAAUCUCUCCUACCAUUUUAUUAGGGACAUUGACUCUAUGGGCAGCACUGUCACCAAUAGCUAUUCUACAGAGAGAACCGAGAUUGUUUUGCUUGACUGUUGGCAUCACAAUGUCCAAUAUAUGUUGUCGGCUGAUCAUCAGUCAAAUGACGGACACCAAAGCAGAGACAUUGAACUGGCUGUUAUCACCCGUGGUUGGAGUGGCAGUAGUUAGUCUCGGCUUCGGCAUCGGUGAAACGGAAGUUCAUCUUUUAUAUGGUCUCACUGCUCUUGUUGUCUUGGCACAUGUUCACUUCGGAGUUAAUGUGGUGUCGGAGUUGGCAGAUCAUUUUAACAUUCAUGUGUUCUCGCUGGUGAAGCGUGCUCCAAAGUCUUCAAGAAUGACCAAUGGUGCCAAAAAAUAAGGGUGUGUAGAGCACGUAAGAAAACUUCGGACAAUACAACAACAGUUUGAACAUCAAGGGUUGGUACUUGCCUAAUGGAUUUUGUUAAUUUUUAACAGAGUAAGCCUGGGUGACUAGUGUCAUAGUCGCGACUAUUGAUUGCUCAGUCGAGUU